CCCGGAUGCGUACACAGAACAGUAUCAGUCGGUACUAUUAAACCUAAAAGUUUGGAAUUAGUUGCACGCUGAAAGCCAGUUUCCAAGCUGCUGUAGCUACUGAGGAACACGGUGAACUUUAUCGAGCAAUGAGAGUUUUUUUGUCUUUUUUUUUUGCGAAGCUAGUUACGUACCUACUUAGUUAUCGCGCCGUUGACUAGUUAUAUUACAUUCUUUUAGCAGACGCUCUUAUCCAAAGCGACUUCCAGCGCUGGAUAAGACAGCAACUACAAUCUUAACGAUCUGUGAUUUUUAAAACUUCACUUGUCGUAGUUCUUCUGUUCUUGAUUCCAUUCGCACGUUUUCUUGCUUACUUGCUGAGUAGGCUAAGUACGUACUGUUUAGAGAAACGCAGACACCAGUCAGCUAGAAGGGCACCACACGAAGAGCUAAGUAAAGUUAAAUUGUCCGCCAAAUAUAAUGGGCCUUGGAGUGUGCGGUCUUUUGUGUAAAUAUGUCGUCAUCGUUCUCAACACCCUGUUUGCCAUAACAGGUUUGGUGAUGUUGGGGCUGGGACUGUGGCUGAGAUUCAGCUCUCAGACUGGAGGGCUCUUCAACAUUGACGUCAACACAAAACCGUUUGUUAUUGGGGUGAUGGUGUUGAUUGUGACCGGAGCGGUGAUGUUGAUCAUUUCUGCUUUUGGGGAAUUCGGAGCCUGCAGUGAGAACAGGAUUGCGCUGAACGUGUUUUCCUUCUUACUGGGACUUGUGGCUGCCAUGGAGAUCAUAACAGGAGUGCUGGCCUUUGUGUACAGUGAUGAGGUGGCAGGGGAGCUGUCAGUCUUUUAUAAGUCUGUCUAUACACAGUAUGUCAGCAAUGGAGGAGAGUCCGGCCCAAGCAUCACACUGAAGAUCUUCCACAAUGCGUUGAAGUGCUGUGGAAUCGGGGGAGCUCUGGAGCCCUUUGUCCGAGACACAUGUCCCAAAACCAGCGGGUUCAUUGAAACCUUGACUAUCCCACCAUGUCCAGGCGUGAUUGAGAACGUAUUCAAGACCAAAGGUACAUUGGUCUUGGGACUUUUUGUUGGAACAGCCGUGCUGAUGAUCUGUGCCUUGGUGUGCUGCAGAAUUCUCAUCAAACAGAUGUCAAGUCUCCCAUCACCUCGGAAGGAGUACUCUCAACCACCCGUCGUGUACUGAGCAGGGAGCCACCUACCCAGUCUUUGUUUUCCUUAGACCAUCUUUUCUUUUAACGCAUCUUACUUUCUGUGUGGCUCAAAUGUUAAACUAAACAAUUGAUGUCUGUCAUUUUCCUCCUUUUUAUAU